GAAUAUGCCUAUCAGCUACGAAAGCAAAUCAUCCCAUUGAUGAUGGAACGUCGGUUUCAACCCAGGGGCUGGUUGGGCAUUAUAAUGGGCACCAAGCUGUGGAUGGACUAUAGGGAGAUGGAAAAUUUUGAAGCGGGAACCAGCCACCUCAUAAAGGAACUUGGCAAGACAGUGAAAUCCCAAGGAAGUGGAAAACACAAAUCAAAGGAGGACGAUCUCACCAAGACACUUCUGUCUUACAAGAAGAAUCACCGAAAUGUUUAUGUGUAUCUUUCUGAGUGUGAGAAACUUAUCAGAGGCCUGCACUCUUAUCUUGCAUCUGGUAAGUUGGCUUCAAAUGAAGCGUUUUGGAAAGCAGACUGCCUCGUUGGACUUUAUGGUAAGAUACCCGACCCAACAAGUAGGCAUUUGGUUGCGAACUUCUUGGUUGAUGUAAAUUUACCAGAGUUUUUGACCGAGAUAGUAAGAAUUCUUCGGAGUCGUUUAUAUCACGAGGAGCCUUCGCAAGCAGGAGAAAAAACGGUUGGGCCCGUAGAGAAAGAUGUGAAGGCAACAAGAAAGAAAAAAGCGACUGCUUUGAAGGCAAGAUCUGAAGAUGAGAUUCCAUCUGAGGGAAAUUCGGAUGCUAAAUGGACCGUCGAAGUACUGUUAUCAGUGGCAGUUGCCAUUCUGAACUUUACUGAUUUCCACGAUGCCUUCUGUGUGGCGUGUGGGAAUGCAGGGCUGAUCAGGGAAUAUUUGGAGUUGUUAGAACAUCUGAAGAAGUGUACUCCAGAGUUUGAAGUUCAUACGACUUUUCUGACCAGUGCUGAAGACAAAGACUCCAACUUCUCAAGAAAAGGUAGCUUGAUAUUUGAAGUUCUGGGAGUGCUUCACAAUCUCUCCAAACGAAUCAGCCUCAAGAAACAUUUCGAUGAUGGUAAUGCCGUGGAGACGCUGUUGAGCUUUUUUCGAACAAAGUUCCCUGUCUACAGAAUGACUUCUCUUCUUACCCUGGCUUACCUGGUGGACGAGAAAAACAACCACCUGAUAAUGGCUAGUGAAGAACCGAUCAAAGAUAUUCUGAAGUUGCUGGACAAAGCGAGUCACUCCGCCAACCGACGCAGUCUGGGAUUCUCGGCGGCAGAAAUAGCUUAUGGACUGAUGCACGUGGCUACCAACGAUGGGAACAAGAGGAUGAUCGGCCAGCAUGGAGGUAUUCCCAUGCUGGUCUCCAUGUUACGAGGUCCCAAGGAACACAAGGAAGAGCAAGUGGCGGCAACCAAAGCGCUGUACAUGUUGUCGUUCGACAAGACGAACAAGGAAAUAAUUAAAACUGACAGGGACACCAUGUCGUCGCUGCAAAGUCUGCAGAGUUCAGAUAAUAAGGAAAUAUUGCAAGCGGUGUCUGGUAUAAUGUGGGAAAUACACGGAAAGAAGGGACACUCCGAAAACACAGAUUCUGAAGAGCAUGUGAUGAUAAGCUACCAGUGGGAUACACAGCAAGCUAUGCUUCGAGUGAAACAGGAGCUCGAAACUCGAGGAUUCUCGGUAUGGAUGGACGUGGAGCAGAUGGAAGGAUCCAUUUUGGAAACAAUGGCUCGAGCUGUGGAGAAAUCGUCUGUGUUAGUCGUAGCAAUGUCACGAAAAUACCAAAACAGUCCUAACUGUAGAUCAGAGGCCGAAUACGCUUACCAGAGAAGGAAACGCAUAAUUCCACUGAUGAUGGAAUCUGGAUAUAACCCUGAGGGCUGGCUGGGGAUUAUACUGGGCGCUAAGCUGUGGAUGGACUUCAGGAAGGAGCCGAAUGUUGGAAUUCAACAGCUUCUGAAGGAAAUUUCUAAAGUAAAAACGGCUACCUCCCAAAGCCAAUUGAUGGGAAGCACCCCACUAAAGGCAAGCGGAAGUGAGAAGGUUUUAAAAUGGAGGAAAGAGGAUGUCGCCAAAUGGUUACAGGAUAUUGGAUUUCCAGUAGAGGGCAUCAGUGUCAGAGGAAAGCUGGAUGGUCCCCUGUUGCACAUGCUCAAUGAAUUGAGGAAAGAGAGCCCCGAAUUGUUUUACAGCUCAGUUAAAACAGACCUCUGCUUCCCGACUGUAAUCGAAGUUCUUCAGUUUACCAAAGAGUUGAAAGAACUAUUUGGGUAAAUCAAUAUAGUGAACCUCAGCAUGAACUUCUGGUGCAGGAUAGUAUGGUCUACAUGUAAGAACUACUUUGACGCGAGUGAGUCAAUUCAAUUCGUAGGACAUGCCUUAUGAGUUAGACGCCGCCACCUUUGUUCGCGCCGUAAAUCAAUCUCCUAGCAGCAGGUUGAACAUCAUGAUUACCCAAACCCAGCCCACCUUCAUGCACCUGUCACACAACACAAUGCCAAAAUGGUGUGUGGAAUGAAAACGUCAAUGGGAGAAAGGGAGGGGAACAAUGCAGGCAGUUUAGCAAAGAAAAUUAAGCGAAAGUGUAUCGCAAUGCACCUGCAUGCCUUCCUGGAGUCCCCAUGUAUAUCACAGUGACGAAAGCUCUGCACUGACUUGGUUUUAAUCUGGUUCAAAUUGAUAUAGCCUCGUUAAAAUUUUAGGCGAAGCUGGCCACCCUCUACCACAUUUAAGGGCAGUCACCCUUUAAGGGCAGUCAAAUUUAUUGGAUAACACGUAUUUCAUGGGGCAGAGCAAACCGUGUUACAGAUUUGACGGUUUCGAAUCCCAACGUAGCCUUGAUAUAUGUGCUUUGCCUGCAAAUACGGUAUGAGACGAUCGUUUCCUUCCCUAAACUGUAACGUGUUUUUCCUCUUCGAAGAGAAGUGUAGCCGAGACCUAUUUUCGAACAUGUACCUCAGAGUAACGAAAGCUACGCGAUCUAGAAGAACGUUCCAAAUGUGCAUCAUUUACCCUUGGCACCACUGUUUUACUCCGCAGUUCUUGCUUAUUUCGUUAAACAUCUGGUUUAACUUUGAGGAGGGAUCGUAAUCGGUACCAAGUUGAAUUUCACUCUUUCCAACAUUAACAAGGGGAAUUGAAGGAGGUGCCGACAGCUCAUUUAAAAUAUAGGUACUAUUUCAUUGUUGAAUGUGGCUUUGUAAAUUACUAAGGGUGACUGCCAGAUCAUGUUUACAACUGUACAGUAGGAUUUAUGGGAUAAUCUUAAAGUUAUUAGACUUCUCUUGUUCGAAAAAAUACGAACGGAUACAAAAGCAGAAUGCACGUAAGAUGAUCCAGAAAAAAGAAAUUACAG